UAGCCAUUGGCCAACAGUUUUAUUUUGGAUUUUGAAUCUCACAAAAAAUAUGCAAAAUUUGGUAUGCAAAACAUGUUGAAGAGGCUGAUUGUGUCUUGUUUUCUCUCUCUGUGAAUGAAGAAAACAGAAAUUAUGAAACAAACUGAACAAUGUGUGAAAUCUAGUGGUGUAUUAAUUAGGAAAUGGUUAUACAUGGCCAUUCAAUUGAAGUUCAGUUGAUGGUAACACCAUGAAUACUUUUAUUUUUGUUGCCUUUUCCUGUAGAUAAAAUUAUACAUCUAUAAUUGACAGCAAGUUAGAUUUGAAGUACAUGUUCAGUGAAACCUGUUAUACCUUGUAAGUGACCUUCCAAGGAAGGCAAUAAAAAGGUCACAUGUGACAGGUGAUCUCUUAAUCCAGGUUCUGGUAACUAGUGUAGUAAAUAAUGAUGGGAGGGGAAAGUACGGUCACAUAUGACAGGUGGUCUCUUAAUCCAGGUUCUGGUAACUAGUACAGUAAAUAACAUUAGGGAGGGAAAGUACGGUCACAUAUGACAGGUGGUCUCUUAAUCCAGGUUCUGGUAACUAGUAUAGUAAUAUAACGAUGGGAGGGGAAAGUAUGGUCACAUAUGACAGGUGGUCACUUAAUCCAGGUGGUCACCAACGCAGGUUUGUAUAAUCACCAUAUAUUAACAUGGAUAUUCUGGCAAAGUUUUAUCUGAAAGUUGACGGCACUAAUUUGGACUUUCAAUGUAUUCCUGGAUCCCUUCCACUUCACAUGUUAGUUAAAGAAUGGGAGUGUUUGAGUUAUAUUCCAGGCUGUAAAAGCAAUGUACAUUUUAGUCAGAAUACCAGGUCUUGUAUGUUCUAUAAAUCUUGAGUUUGUUAGGAUUUGGAAGUUCCUAUAUUCAGGUUUUAUUUGUGGAAACAAAGUCUGUCCUCACCAUGUAUGGACUUCCUACAUUUGGUCAUGGAAACAAAGUCUGUCCUCACCAUGUAUGGACUUCCUACAUUUGGUUGUGGAAACAAAGUCUGUCCUCACCAUAUAUGGACUUCCUACAUUUGGUUGUGGAAACAAAGUCUGUCCUCACCAUAUAUGGACUUCCUACAUUUGGUCAUGGAAACAAAGUCUGUCCUCACCAUGUAUGGACUUCCUACAUUUGGUUGUGGAAACAAAGUCUGUCCUCACCAUGUAUGGACUUCCUAUAUUUGGCUGUGGAAACAAAGUCUGUCCUCACCAUAUAUGGACUUCCUACAUUUGGUUGUGGAAACAAAGUCUGUCCUCACCAUAUAUGGACUUCCUACAUUUGGUUGUGGAAACAAAGUCUGUCCUCACCAUAUAUGGACUUCCUACAUUUGGUUGUGGAAACAAAGUCUGUCCUCACCAUAUAUGGACUUCCUACAUUUGGUCAUGGAAACAAAGUCUGUCCUCACCAUAUAUGGACUUCCUACAUUUGGUUGUGGAAACAAAGUCUGUCCUCACCAUGUAUGGACUUCCUACAUUUGGUCAUGGAAACAAAGUCUGUCCUCACCAUAUAUGGACUUCCUACAUUUGGUUGUGGAAACAAAGUCUGUCCUCACCAUGUAUCAACUUCCUACAUUUGGUCAUGGAAACAAAGUCUGUCCUCACCAUAUAUGGACUUCCUACAUUUGGUUGUGGAAACAAAGUCUGUCCUCACCAUAUAUGGACUUCCUACAUUUGGUCAUGGAAACAAAGUCUGUCCUCACCAUAUAUGGACUUCCUACAUUUGGUCGUGGAAACAAAGUCUGUCCUCACCAUAUAUGGACUUCCCACAUUUGGUUGUGGAAACAAAGUCUGUCCUCACAAUGUAUGGACUUCUUACAUUUGGUUGUCCUCACCAUAUAUGGACUUCCUACAUUUGGUCGUGGAAACAAAGUCUGUCCUCACCAUAUAUGGACUUCCUACAUUUGGUCGUGGAAACAAAGUCUGUCCUCACCAUAUAUGGACUUCCCACAUUUGGUUGUGGAAACAAAGUCUGUCCUCACCCUGUAUAGACUUCCUACAUGUCCAACUUCUAUAUUUUUUCUGACAAUAUAUAUGGCCCAUGCCCAGUUCUAUGUAUUCCUGCAGUAAACCUACUCUCAUCUCCAUUACAGUUCAUCAGUAGUAAUGCCAACAACCCCUGACCUUUAGAUAGAGUUGAUGGUUUAUAAAUCCUCUAAGCUUACUACAUGAUAAAAUGAUUAUUGUUACACUUCCGUAUGGCAUUGAUGCUGUAAUUAUGAUAUCACUGUAGAGACAUGAUUUUCAGCAUUUGACUUACAAGACAUGUAAAUUAACAUAAUAUUUUAUAAUCAUAUAGAAUGUGUCUUGUAUACACAUAUUUCGAAUGUUUCUAUCGUAACCACCUACCAGCCGUAUUUAUGAAUGUCCCCAUGGUAACAAUGUAUUAUAUAUACUUUGUGUUUCUAUAUGGUAAACAUACACCAGCAAUACAAUAUAUCAAUAUUUGCCCCUUUUACCAUUUUUUCCCCUAUAAUAACCCUAAAUUUAUAUCAUUUAUAUAUACAUUUUUUUGUGUUUCCAUGGUAACAGUAUAAUAAGAUAUACUGAUCAAAAGUUUUUUUUGUGUUCUUCACAAAAAUAACAAAUGUAAUUAACAUGAAAUGUCAUUUGAUUGACUUCUGAUUUUGUGACUCUAAAAAUGUGUUGUAGUCGUAGUUUUCACUUUUUUUCAUAUUUGAUUACAGCUCUUUUAUAUUUCAAUUUAAUUUCCAUUGCUGUCGAAUUGACUAGGUAUGUUGCAAUUAGGAUUUAAGUGCUUUAUCAUAAUUUUUAUUAAUUUACUUCUCUUGACUUAAAUGAUUUUCACUUGUUUCUGUCAAAUGAUAUACAAUUGUAUUCAAAUAAAUAGUAAUCUUGAAAAUAAUCUUGAAAAAAAAAAUUCGUGAGAUGUGAAGAUUUAAGCAUUGCAAAAAACCCCCAACUUUUUAUGCAUUUUGACAUUAUAUAAAACUUUAUCAACAAUUUAUUGGUUUUGUUGACCUUUCUAUUGAGGGGGUUAGUGUAAAAAUAUUGUAAAGAUUUUAUAAUUACUUGUCUGUUUAAAAUGAGAGUGCACUUUGAUACACACUUAUAAUGUUAAUACCAGUUUUAUCAGUAUUGUGAGAACUUCAGAUAUUUGGAAAAAAUAAUUAUGAAAAUUUAAAGAAUAUUUUAUUGAUCACAAAAUAGAUAUGUCACUACUAUGUGUACCUUUACUGAAAUGAAAAAUAACAAAAUAAAUGUAGAAAUCUUGAGCAUUUGGGAAAUACGUGCACAAUUUUGAGUAUGGUCCUAGUGAACUAAAAACAUUGAUAUUGUCCCUA